CAGAGGUAUCUGUCUUAGUUUUUCUCAUUUUGUUUUCAUGCUUCAUUUUAGUUUUGGUAAUAAAAUCCUAUCCUUCGUUCCAAUCAUAGCUCUGAACUAAUUGAGACAGUUAAACCACGGAGGUAUCUGUCUUAGUUUUUCCCAUUUUGUUUUCAUGCUUCAUUUUAGUUUUGGUAAUAACAUCCUAUCCUUCGUUCCAAUCAUAGCUCUGAACUAUAUAGACUUUUGUAAACCUACAGUCCAGUGUCAUUGGUUCACUGUGCUGGUUCUUAAAAAGUCAGUAGGACAUUUAAUCUUUGCUAGAUCUCUAGCUUCCAUGACAGACUUAUUUGUUUCUACUUGGUCAUUAAAAGCUUCUAUUUCUUUGAUUUUUUUUGUGUGAUAAUGGAAAAUGAAAACAAUGUCACAUUCUAUAUAUGAGUGUGGCAGAUAUGAGCAUGUUGCCUUGGAUGUGUGGACAUACUAGAAAAAACCGCUUGAAGAAUGAGAUAAUCAGACAAAAGGUAAGAGUAGCACCAAUAAAAGAUAAGAUGCAGGAGUCUCGUUUGCGGUGGUUUGGGCAUGUGCGUAGAAGACCGAAUGAUGCACCUGUUAGACGACUUGAGGGGUGGAGAGAACAAACAAAAAUUAGAGGGAGGGGAAGACCCAAACAGACUGGCAUUAGAGGAAUCAGAACAAAUAUGCGUCUUCUUGGGUUGGAUGAGAUUAUGGCUUUGAAGAGGGCAAAGUGGAAGACGCGCAUUCGUGUGGACGAGUAAUCUCUUGUCUAAUUUUCCUCUCUCCUUUUCUUGUAUCAUUUAUUUUUUUGUCCUUUUGUGUUCUUAUGUUUUUUAUCUUCUACCUUCAUGCUCUUUUAUCUUUUUAUCUUAUAUCUAUCUUAUAUUCUUAUGUUAUUGUUAUCUUAUAUUUUCAUUCAUUUUUUCUUUCUCUUUUCUUGUCUAUCCUCUCCUUUUGGCAUCGAUAUCAUGGAUCACUUCAAAUUAGCCGACCCCAAAGUCUUUCAGGACUAAGGUUUGGAUGUUGUUGUUGUUAAUGAGAAAUCAAAACUAUUCCAUCUUGAAAUUACUUCUUACUUUGUUUCAAUGCAUCUAAUUCUCACACAGUGUGGUAUUUAAAUUCCAACUUGUUGUGGAUCCAUUUCUGUCUUGCCGGAUUCGGCUCAGGUAUGCCGGAGGUCGGUUUCCGGCGGUCUCUUGUGCACACCAAGGCUAAGGGAGCAACGACCUAUUCUACCUUGCUCACUAUCAUACUCAGCUUCACAGAGAGCUGGUUUCUCAUUUUCUCACCUCAUUCUCAAAGGUCUAUGGAGUGAUGGAUAUAUACAUCACAUGGAAGGAAGGAAGGUGCUGCCUCUCAAAAGAAACAACCUCACAUGCAAGGCAGUCAACAUCCGGAAGAGGAGUUUGGCUUAUUAGCUAGGAGUAUGGGUUGACAUGGGUUGGCAGAUAUGCAGGGACACUCAAUCACACACAUCACAUUAUUUGCUGAGAUAAUGAGUCUGGAUACAUUAAAUCAGGGAGAAAUAAACCAAGUCUGGUAACUGGAGUAAGAGUAGUUGGUUGCUAAAUAGGGUGUCAACAAUUAUUAAUAUACAAAAGCUAUUUGGGCCAAUAAUAUAUUAACACAACUCUUCCAUUUCCUUCUCCCCCAGCACACUAUAUUGCUGAAACCACCCAUCCUUCCUUUCCAUUAUCUUGGGAGUUUAAAAGGUAUUUCCGGAUUGUGCAUGCACCAAUUCUCCCCAGGUCAUUUGCAUAGGAUAGAAGCUACAUGAAAGAUGCUGCAUGAAAAUGACAGUCUCAACCUCCUGCUUACGAAGCCAUAGGUACUGAAGGUUUCUGAUAAGACGUGAUAUGCAUAUAUCACGCAUGGUUUUACAUGGCAAGUUGCCGAUCACGCGCGCACAUAUCACAUGGGAUUGCAUAAUACGAACUAUGUUUUAUUUAGUUCCCUCGUUUGCAUUACUUUCCUUGUAUACCGCCGUAUGGCCUUGUAUAAAUUGUUGCAGUGAUAGUGUGAAUUUCCUAUUAUGUAUGUUUGUAUUUUUAA